AGGUUCGUGGCUGUGGCCGGGGAGAGCGGGUUCAUGGGCGCCACGGGCAUCCUGGAGUUUGGGCCGCAGUUCAACUAUACUGCGAGGGAACUCGUGCAGGAUUGCCAUGGAAUCGACUGCGACGUGUUUGAGACUUGUCUGGAUAAGCCAGAAGAGGGACUGUCUGUUCUCUAUACUUACUAUUGGUCUAAUAAAGAGUGGAACUUGCAAAAUAACAAGGAACCAGUGCCCAUAGCCGUCGAGAUCUAUGCCAACGGCGCAGUCGCUGGCCAAACCGACGGGGAAAUUAUGGUGCGAUAUGAUUUCUUUGACUUCCAAAGAGAGUUUCGUCCAUCGCGUUAUGUCCUUGAGCCCCCACAGGACGUCUACUGUACCGACAGGAAAACCUACCUCAGUCCUCCAAAGACCGUCCAGUCCUUCAGCUACAAAUCAGAACACAUUACUGGUGUGAACAUCCCUUUUCCAAGCGGAGAUAAUGAUACAUUUCUUUUGCGUUUUCGUGGAAUAUUUCCAAAAGAUGAAUGGUACGACUGGGACACGAGGAUCACCCGCAUGGACUACACUCCCUUUUACGUUACAAGAAACGAACGUCGCUUCGAGAACCUCACCAGACGCGUACACGACUUCAAUCAAGGUUUGGCCUACGUAAUCAAGCCAAGACUGAACUUCUGCAACAUCACCAAGAUCGAAAAAUGUGACAAGUUGGGGAGACGUGAUGGUCGGGGAAGACGGUUCCGUUUUCAUGCAGAGUCCCUGGAAACUACGAGGACCUUGACGAACCCAUGCAGUACAACGGCAUUGUAA